ACAAGUUGGGAUGAGCAUCAUAAAAGAUUCUCAAAGGCAAUAUAUAAGGAGACCAUCAGCCAGCUUCUGAGCAAUACUAAUUAACUCUCAAAUCCCUCGCGCACACACACACGCAGACAGAGAGAGAGAGAGAGAGAGAUGGCGUUAUUUGGGGUAAGAGAGAUGAGACGAUUUGAGAGAAUGACGCCGGAAAGGCGAGCUGAAUAUCUACUAGGCAUGGCCGGUGUCGUGACGUUGGUAACGUCGAUCCUCCUCCUGUUAAGCGGCAGCACCUAUGGGUACGGCCCUAAGGUUUGCACCGGCCGUGGCGUCUUCUUUAGCCCCACGAUCGCUCUCGGCCUCCUGCUGAUGGCCGCCUUCAUUUUGGGUACGUGCGGCCAGAGGUACGGUGAUGAGUGCCUCUUUGGUUGCUACCUCCUCGGUCUCCUCAUCGCCUUCCCCCUCCUCCUUGCCUUCAUAAUCUUCGGCUACGUCGCUGUUGGAGGCAUCGACCUCGGCGGCGUAAGUAUUCGCGAGUACAAUCUGGAGGAGUACAGCGGGUGGCUCAGGGGCCGUGUGGCCGACCCGCACUACUGGGAAACAACCAGCGCAUGCCUACGCGACGGGAACGUCUGCAGCGGCAUGACGCGGUUGGUACGCGACCCAGACACCGGCAUAUUCGUCCCUGAGUUAUCCCGGUAUGAAAGGUGGCUCAAGGAACAUGGGAUUAAAAAAGGCGUGCACGUAAUGUCGCCUAUCGAGUCUGGAUGCUGCAAGCCACCGACAUCAUGUGGUUUCAGAUAUGUCAACGGGACGACGUGGAUACCAACACCAGCAGCAGCAGGCACCCCUGCCGCGGCGACCAACGUCGACUGCAGCAGGUGGAGCAACAACCAACAGACGCUCUGCUUCCAGUGCGACUCAUGCAAGGCUGGCUUCCUGGACGACAUCAAGAAAGCCUGGAGUUUCGAUGCCCUGUAUCCAAUUCUCGCGUUGGUCGGAGCCUUUCUUUCAUGCUUUGCAGGCGUCAAGUAUUGGAGACCAAGACUAGACACUGGGUACUCACUAAUUAGAGAACGAGCAGUGGCUUAAUUUAGACGGCUAAUAUCUGCGUAUAAUCUUUUCACGUAAUGCAUAGGCGACAUACUUAUAGACGACGCGUACAGUAAGAUUAUAAGAGUCGUCUCUCUUUUAUAGACAUGCUAUUUGUAUUAUCAAUAUGCUUUGACUCUGUAAAUAGCAUGCAUAAUGAGUGUAUGGUAUUAAGCCAUCUAUAUUGA